AUGAUCGUCAUGGACAAGGAGGGUACAAAAUACCAAUCUCGUGUUUUCCACCAAAAAAUUUCAAGAUUUCGUGACCUUUUAAAAGAAGGAAUUGGUCUAGCCCAAAGUCAUUUUGAUGUAACCAAAAUGUUCAUUAAUUCAGACAUUGUUGAAAUUAAUGAGUUUAAGAAAGAAUUGAAGGCUAAUAACAAAGGAGGUAUGUCUGAAAAAAGCAUUACUACACUCCCAAGCUACUCUACCUCUUAUAUAGAUGAUUUUAAAGGCGAUUUCCCUUUAAAAAGUGUUUGUGAGAUCACAGAACCACUUAAGGAAAUGAAAUUUUUAUUAGUUGGUUCCAUCGUCAAUAUAAGACAGAAUCUACCUUGGUAUUACGAUGCGUGCUACAAAUGUGGAAGAAGGAUAAACAAUGUGCCCAAAACCAAUCUUUCCUAUACCGCCCCCGGCAAGAUCGAAGAUAGUGUUGUAAUUAAGUGUGAAAAUGCAGCUUGCAACGAUUCGAAUUUUCAUAGUGUUAUAAAGUAUAUAAUUCCAAUCAACGUACAAGAUCAUACUGGCACCAUCGGGUUCACUCUUUUUGAUAGGGAAGCAAAAAGGUUGUUGGAUAUAAGUGCAUUCGAGUUGAAAAAAAUACAUGAAGAGGCUGGUGACAGUUUGGAACUAUAUCCAAAUCAAAUGAACGUCUUGAAAAACCGCAAAUUUGCGUUUCUUGUAGAUGUUACAUCCUACAAUGUCACCAACUAUAACAAUAUCUACACCGUUGUCAAACUUACAGAAGAUGAGUCCGUUGUUUUAGAAUUGGAAAGUAAACUAGAACUUAUGAGUGUUCAAUCAAUGUCCUUAAAUGAAGUACCCCUGGAAUCAGAUGAUGUCGUUCAAAAUGAUGUCAUAUCACAAACGGAUGAGAAUUUUACUCCCUCAACAAUUGAUAAAUCAUCCGCAACAAGUCCAUUGAAAAUAUCAGGUGAUUUGAAGCGCAACCUCCAUGACAUUUAUGAUGUUGAUGGUGGAGAAGAUGAUGGUGAUGCAAAUUCUAUAAAAUCAAAUACGGAAUCUUUGGGUGAAGAUACUCCAGUUUGGGUGCCAAAAGUGGAGAACUGA